GUCCAGCUCACAGAGUGACCACCAGCAAAUGUCCACCCACAGACACCCCUACUCCCUGUACUGGUGCGGACUGGUCUUCUUCGUGCUCGGCCUGUCCCUGAUGACUGCGGGGGUCGGGACCAACUACUGGAUGUUGAACCCGGUCCCCCCGGAGUCUCAGGGUCUCUUCAUGUACUGCGACAACAAAGAAAACGUCUGCAAUGUGAUGUCUGAGAAUGAACAGCGCUCGGUGGUGCAAGGUCUGGAAAUCACCGGCGCCCUGGUGGGUACAGUGGCGGCCUUCAUGUCCAUCAUCUACUUCUUGAGGUUUCCACAGGCGGUGCCGACAACGUUCAAGGUGCCAAACCUGGUCUGGUUGUUCUCUUCUAUAGGAGGCUUGCUGGGCGUGGUCGGCGCUGGUUACUACGCCAUCAACAUCUACAUCCCGUUGAAGAUCAACACGGCUCAGCACUUUAACAUACAGCUGGGCUACUCGUUUGGUCUGGCCCUGUCGGGUUCCAUAAUCCUCCUGAUGUCUGGCGCAUUCAUCCGCGUCGGCGCCGCGAAAAUGAUCAAGGUCGUCUUGUCCGGGAGACGGAAUAACACCUCCCGACCCCCGGGGGUUGCGACAGUAUCGGAAAAUUUCGCGUACGAUCCGGACAGUUUCGCACCCCCCUUGUACCACACGGUGUGUCCGCCGUCGUAUUACGACACCAAGCACCUGCCGCCCCCGCCGAGUUACGAUGAGCUCGUGCAAGGGACGCAACCGCCGCCUGCUUAUGGACAAGUGGAUUAUCUCGAGUUGCAUCCCUUGUCGAGUUAUCCCAAGACUGAGCAAUGACGAGGGAAGGGAAGCAACCGCUAAUUUUCCACAUGUGAAUGUUUUCUUCCGUUGUUGUAUUCAUGCAGGGAUUUCGAAAGUAACAAAGCUAUAUUUAAAAAAAAAAAACAACAACACAAUGUAAACAAACAACAAUGGAGGGUGAUGAGGAUAAAAUAGUUUGUGUUUGUUGUUGACGGAUGUACAAGCCUGACUUAAACAAGAGAAGGGUUUAUUUCAGACAUUUUGUUUCCAUUUUUGAUAGGGCG